AUGAGCGCAGAAGCACUAGCAGUCAACUUCAGUAGUGUGGCGAGUGAGCAGAUACAUCUUCGUCCGAACGACUCUUCAAAAGUCACAGUUGCUCGAGCAUCAAGAAACAGAUGCACAAAUUACACAAAACCUCUGCUGUCCACCGACAGCCACGAGAUGCUGCAGCAGCAGCAGCAGCAGCAGCAGCAGCAGCAGCAGGAGCUAUCUGUAAACACAAAACCUCUGCUGUCCACCGACAGCCACGAGAUGCUGCAGCAGCAGCAGCAGCAGCAGCAGCAGCAGCAGCAGGAGCUAUCUGUAAGUGAGCAGGUGGGGGCUCAAGUGUCCGGAGUCUGCGAAUUGCUCCGCAGACACAAAACCUCUGCUGUCCACCGACAGCCACGAGAUGCUGCAGCAGCAGCAGCAGCAGCAGCAGCAGCAGCAGCAGCAGCAGCAGCAGCAGCAGCAGCAGGAGCUAUCUGUAAGUGA